UUUCUCUCUUAAAAAGUCCAAAAACAAAAUGUGCAAGUUACCAUCUUCCUCUCCAACAUCCUGUGAAUGCAUUUCAGACCAACCAAACAUUACCACAACAAAACUACAGGAGGAGGAGCCCGACAUGUUCGCCCCUUUGAUACCCAAAAACCCAACACAUGAACAUCAAAGCCAACAACAACCCCAGAAAUCCCAGAAAUCCCAGAAAAAUACCCAUCUCUCUCUUGCCUUGAAAGAAGCCUUAUGCAUAGCCAACAUAGCUUUUCCAAUGGUGCUAACGGGACUAUUACUCUACCUUCGCUCCAUGAUCUCCAUGCUCUUCCUCGGCCACCUGGACGAGCUCGCUUUGGCCGGCGGCUCGCUCGCAAUCGGCUUCGCUAACAUCACCGGCUACUCCGUUCUCUCCGGCCUCGCCAUGGGAAUGGAGCCGAUCUGUGGCCAAGCCUUCGGAGCCAAAAGAUUCAAACUUCUUGGCCUCACCAUGCAAAGAACAGUGAUUCUGCUUCUAUUAACUUCAAUUCCCAUAUCAUUUCUGUGGCUCAACAUGAAGAAAAUUCUUCUCUUUUUCGGUCAGAAAGAUGAAAUUGCAACCGAAGCUCAAUCCUACAUUUUCUAUUCUCUCCCGGACCUCGUUGCGCAAUCUGUUCUUCACCCUCUACGAAUUUAUCUACGAUCACAAUCAAUUACUCUGCCUCUGACAUUGUGCGCAGCUUUUUCAAUUAUUCUCCACAUUCCCAUCAAUUACUUUCUUGUUUAUGUGCUCAAGCUCGGAAUCAAAGGGGUUGCAAUAAGCGGCGUCUGGACUAAUUUCAAUCUCGUGGGAUCAUUGAUCGUGUAUAUUGUAAUCUCCGGCGUGUAUGAGAAAACAUGGGGGGGGAUUUUAAAUUCCUUCGAUUCGUUCUUCAAUGGGUGGAAAGAUCUCCUGAAAUUGGCAAUUCCAAGCUGCGUCUCAGUCUGUUUAGAAUGGUGGUGGUACGAAAUCAUGAUUUUGCUAUGUGGGUUGUUGCUUAAUCCACAAGCAACCGUCGCUUCAAUGGGGAUUUUGAUUCAAACGACAGCGUUGAUCUACAUUUUCCCGUCUUCUCUGAGUUUCGGUGUAUCGACAAGAGUUGGAAACGAACUAGGUGCGAAUAAGCCGAAGGCGGCAAAACUUGCAGCGACGGUGGGAAUCUCUUUCAGCUUUGUCCUAGGAUUUUCAGCAUUGCUUUUCGCUUUAAUGGUGAGGAAGAUAUGGGCGACCAUGUUCACCCAAGACGCCGAGAUUAUAGCCUUAACGGCGGCGGUUUUGCCCAUUAUCGGCCUCUGUGAGCUCGGAAACUGCCCGCAAACAACCGGCUGCGGUGUUUUGAGAGGAACGGCUCUUCCGAAAUUGGGAGCCAACAUCAACCUCAGUUGCUUUUACCUCGUAGGAAUGCCGGUCGCCGUGUGGCUGAGCUUUUACGCAGGGUUCGAUUUCAGAGGUCUUUGGCUCGGCCUUUUGGCCGCCCAAGGCUCAUGCGUUGUGACCAUGUUGCUCGUUUUGGCUCGAACCGACUGGGAUCGACAAGCCCAGAGGGCUAAGGAGCUUACUGGAACUACUUCUACCGCCAUUGAUGACAAUGAAGAUGAGAGAUUAGAUCAUAAAAUUCAGGAUUUUUCUACUUCAUUAGAUAAUUCACUAGUUUGAGUUUUUCUUUAAAAAUUUUAGAGUCAUGACUUGUACAAAUUUUGCUCCAAAAUCACUAGGGAUCUCAGAUGGACCCACAAUUUUUUCAUAUCUACAUUCAACAGAGUACAUUAAUUUAAUUCUAUGUGAAAUUUCAUUUUCUCUGUAGUUUUUUUUCAUUUCAAUUUUCAUUGUUCUAAAUUCAUUGAAUAACAUUU